CGUAAACACACGGACAAGGAUCUGAACACGGAAUAGAAGUUAUAAACAUACCUGUAUAUACUGUUGACAAACUGAAAUAAAUUUUCAACUGUAACACGACAGUUUGAAAUUGCUUAAACGGAGGGAAAUAAUUAAUUCAGAGAGACAAGAGUACAAGAGACACAAGAUCAUCUACUAUCAGACGACUACAAGCUGUUUAUCGAUAAUUAUUUGGUUUAUAUAUUUUACAACCGUUUAAUCCGGUUGCUUAUUUCGAUGAGGGGGAUCUAGCUGUGCUAUAGUAUAUAAUAUUACUACGGAUCGGGUAUACAAGUCUCCGGCAGCAGUUUUGUGAUAAAGCUAUGCCGAGUGAAUACGAGCUCUCCGACAUUAAUGUUAAAUACAGGCACGAAAAUUCUGUGAACGGUGAAAGCACUGCUAAAAUGUCUAACGGAUUUUAUAUUACGACGGCAAAAGCAUUUAUUCUUGUGUUUUUGGCAUUGGCUAUUGCCGUCGGUGUCGGCAUUAUAGUGCAUUUUGCCGGUCCGGCGAGGGAUGUGGAAUGCAAGUGUACUUUUCCGACGACGGGCGAUGGAAGUUCCGGUGGAGAAACAGCAGCUCUUGAACAGUGCAAAACCUGGGCUUCAGAAGGAAACUCUGAUAUUUGCUCAGCAUGUCCCAGUCAAGGAAGCUCUGCCACAUGCCCGACGGUGCCAACGGCGCCGACGGCGCCGACGCAGGCGACAAAAACAACGACGCCACCACAAACAACUCCCACUUCCGUUGCAACUACAACAGCGACCCCUGCCGUAUUGGAUGUUCGGCUUCCCACGGCUCUCAACCCUUUGUUGUAUACAGUUGAACUUCAGCCUCAUAUGUACACCAUGAACUCGGAAGAGUUCACUUUCAACGGGUCGGUCAGGAUUUUGUUUCACUGCGUGGAAGAUGCCAACAACAUUACCCUUCAUAUUAACAAAUUGAAUAUUACGGGUUCAAUAUCCGUGACUCACGAGAAUGAAAUUGAGGGCUUGUACAACAGGCAUGAGUUUGACACUGCACGACAGUUUAUUAUCAUCUACACAACCAAAGAACUUAUGGCUGGACAAAACUAUACCGUCGAUAUUACCAGCUUUGUCGGUCCGCUGGUGCCGGAUUUAGCAGGGUUGUACCUUAGCUCAUACACAAGAGGGGACGAAAAAAUUUAUAUCGCAACGAGUCAGAUGCAACCCACAGACGCUCGAAAGACGUUUCCGUGCCUCGAUGAGCCGGCCAUCAAAUCAGAGUUCGAAGUCACUCUGGUGCGAAAGAGACACAUGAAGUCUAUCUCAAAUAUGCCAAUAACAAAUAAAAUCGAUAGGGGAGAUGACUGGAUUGCUGAUAAAUUUCAGAGAACUCCGAAAAUGUCAACAUAUCUUCUUGCUUUUAUCAUCUGUGACUUUAAUUACACCGAGAAUACAACAGAAAACGGUGUAACGUACCGUGCCUGGGCCAGACCAGAAGCCAUUGAACAAACUCCAUAUUCCCUCAAAGUUGGUGUGGAGAUAUUGACAUUCUUUGAGGAAUACUUCAGCAUAUCCUACCCGCUUCCGAAACAAGAUAUGAUUGCAAUUCCGGAUUUUGCGGCGGGUGCUAUGGAGAACUGGGGGUUAAUAACUUACCGGGAAACAGCCAUGUUGUACGAGGCUGGUGUGUCAUCUGAAGGUAACAAACAGCGUGUUGCCGUGGUCGUUUCGCACGAACUUGCACACCAGUGGUUUGGUAAUCUAGUGACACCCUCAUGGUGGGACGAUCUGUGGUUGAAUGAAGGAUUUGCCAGCUAUGUGGAGUACAUGGGAGUCGACCACGUGCAUCCAGAUUGGAAAAUGUUUGAACAGUUUGUUGUCGAAGACCUUCAGGACGUGUUCAACUUUGAUGGACUGAUUUCGUCACAUCCGGUGUACGUGCCAGUAGCGCAUCCGGAUGAGAUAAACGAAAUUUUUGACAGGAUUUCAUACGCAAAAGGAGCGUCGAUUAUUCGAAUGAUGAGAUUUUUCCUUGGGGACGCCACGUUUCAACAUGGACUUACGCGAUACUUAAACAGUUUACGUUACGGUGCCGCUUUCCACGACGAUCUUUGGUUUGCCCUUGGUAACCAAUCGCUAGCGGAAAGCAAUCCCAUAUCAAACGUUAAGGAGAUUAUGGACACAUGGACUCUGCAAAUGAAUUACCCAGUUGUCACAAUAAUGCAUGGCAGUUCAGGAAGUAUCACACUUAAGCAACAUAGAUAUCUACAAGAUCCAAAUGCGACGGACCCUGGGAAAUAUACAUCACCUUUUGGAUACAAGUGGAAUAUUCCGUUUACGUAUACAACCAGUACUGAAAAAAGGUUUGACGUCACUUCAAACGACGUCAUAAUGAUGAGCAAGGACGAACCAUCAAUACCUAUCGACAACGCCAAUAUACCGGCGGCAACAGGCAACAACUGGGUGCUCGGAAAUCCCAUGCAGUACGGAUAUUACCGCGUGAAUUAUGACGAGAGAAACUGGAUUGCCUUAAUAGAACAACUGAGAUCUGAUCACAGUGUUGUCCAUGCUAUAAAUAGAGCGCAGAUAAUAAAUGACGCUUGGAGUCUCGCAAGAUCCGGAGACCUGGGCAUGUCGCUGGCAUUAAGAACAACUGAAUACCUAAAUAACGAAAGAGAGUGGAUCCCGUGGUCUGCAGCCAGCAGCCAGCUUGGGUUUGUGGGCUCUAUGUUGGAGAGACAUCCAUUGUACGGAUCAUUUACGAAAUUUAUGCAGAACAAGACCAGCUCUGCAUUUGAAGAAUUAACCAUGAAUAACACCGGAGCGUCACAUCUGGAAUCAUACUUACGGUCGACUAUUACCAGCCUUGCUUGUAGCUAUGGUAUUCAGGCCUGCGUGGACGAGGCCAAACAGUUGUAUUCACAGUGGAUGCGCAAUCCAAAUAACAAUCCAAUCGACCCUGGAAUCAAGUCUACUGUGUAUUGCGUGGCAAUUGCUGAGGGCGGCAUAGACGAAUGGGAGUUUGCCUGGAAUCAGUACCAGACCGCCAACGUGGCUGCAGAGAAAUCCAGACUCUUGUCGGCCUUGUCCUGCUCUAAAGAAACUUGGAUUCUGAGUCGAUACUUGGACAUGGCUAUAGAUCCAAACCAGAUCCGACGACAGGAUUCGGUGUCGGUAAUUGUAUACAUAUCAAGAAACACAAUUGGUCGAUCACUUGCAUGGGAUUUCUUCCGAGCCAAAUGGGAUUUCUUAUUGAAUGACUAUUUUGAAGGAAUAUCAUACGUGUUAUCGGGUUUAAUCAACAAUGUUCUUGCAAGCUUUAACACUGAAUUCGAAUUAACCCAGCUGAAAGCAUUUGUGGACAGUAAGGACGACCUAGGAUCCGGUGCACGUGCAUUUGCUCAAGCGCUUGAGAAGACACAGAGCAAUAUCAACUGGAUGACUGCAAACGUCCCAGUAAUCGAGAGCUGGCUUCACGAUCAAGGAUACUGAAGAAAACAGUUGAGAGAAUGAAGGGACCAGAGAAGAUGGAAAGCGAAUUAAAUUUAAAGACAUAAGGUUUAAUUUCCUAAGUGAUGAAUUUAUUUAAAAUUGAAUAUUCUUAACUUAGAAGAUAUUCUAGUGCGUGUAAUGAUUGUGGCUAUGGCAGGAUUGGCUUCUUUGACUUUAUAAAUAAUUUAUUAAUAAUUCCCUUGCUCAUCACAAAGAAAUACCUCAUCUUAGAAGCUAUGAAUUAGUAUACAUUGACGUCAGAUUGGUAUAUUUUUUUAUAGGUUAACAUGUUUGUAUAGAGAAAUACGCGCUUGUUCUGCGCGACUUUGGAAGCGCAGUAUCAAUUCGCAAAAGAACGAGCACAUAAUUUCCCUACGCAAAACCUAGUGAUAUGUUAUGACAUACGCAUUCACACAGAACUUAUUAUAUAACGGAAAGUUCAAAUACUGUUAUUAUACAUAUCCAUGAAAUUGUAUAGGUGACAUUAAUGUGUCACUUGCUAUGAAUAACAAUGAACCUUUUAAUGCGACGCACACAGGAAACCGGCAACAAAAUUGAUGCUUCCAAUUUGAAACUUAAGCGUAAAUGUGAAAUUAAAAUACACGUUGUAGAUUCCAUUGUUACUAAACGGAGUUUAUAAAUUAGUUCUUAAUAAAAAUGCAGUCCAUGAUUAGAAAAAUAAGUGAUACUAAAGCUCUUGUUACACAUAUUCAUUUGCAUAGAUUUCUAUGCUUAAUUUAUAUGUUUUGUACCCACUACUUCUAUCUUCAUUAUUUUAGAUUUUUGUUAUUUGUCAUUUAAUCAGAAUCGUAUGUGUGGAUUUUAUAUUACUGUUAAAUUAAAAUGUUCUUUUUUCUCCUUAGCACACAAACUUAAAAUGCAACUUGGCACUUGAUCAAAGUUGCUGAAUAUUUAAACAAUUGAUGGUAAAUGUAAAAUUGUUAAAUAUUUGAAAAAUAGAUGGUCAGUGCAAAAUGUUUAAAUAUUUUAAAUAUUGAUGGUCAAUGCAAAAUUUUUGAAUAAUUAUCAAUUAAUGGUCAAUAGAAAGUUGUUGAAUAUUUAAGCAAUUAAUUGAUGAAUUGUUGGUUAAUGUAAAAUUGUUGAAUAUGUAAACAAUUGUUGGUCAAUAUAAAAUUGUUGAAUAUCUAAACAGUUACAUGAAAUGGUCAAUCUGUUAUUGGUCAAUUUAAAAUUGUUGAAUAGUUAAACUAUUGUUGGUCAAUGUAAAACUGCUGAAUAUCUAACAAUUAUUGGUAUGUGAAAUUGUUGAAUAUUUAAACAAUUGUUGAUUAUGUUUACCCAUAACCCUUCGUUUUUCAUUAGCCAAAUUAUAAAACAUUAACAUGAGGUAUUAUGCUUGGUAAAAUGGUAUCGGAUUUUGUUUGGUACGGUAAGGUCAAAUGUCUGAAGCAUAGGAUGUUUGUGUUUGUUUCACUGUAGGUCGAAUAAAUAUAAAAUGCAGUAUUUUCAGGAGAAUGAAGUCAUGAGGGAAAGACAUUUGAUCUUUAAGAUUUUCUCUUUCUUUUGCGCCUUGUCUUUGUAAUUGUUUUAACCAAAGACUACAUAUCUUUUUGGCCCUGCUAGUGACAGAAAUUUCAUAUAUUUGUCUCUAUUACCCUAUUUAGCUCAAUUAUGUAGGAAAAGGCUCUGAUAGUUAUGUUCUCAAAGUAAAGAAAAAUGCUGCAUUCAAGAACUCUGAAAAAAAGGAGUAUUUGGAUGAAAAGAUAAAGAUAUCUCGAUUCCAAUUCAAAUAUUUGAAAUGUGUGUUUUGUAACCGGAUUGCGUGCAAAAAAGUAGAUCAAUUUUGGCUUUUUACUAGUAUGUGUUUUUGUCUGUAUCUCCUUAUUUUGGUAGCAUUUCCCAGAGACGGAAACAUAACUCAAAAGUAUUGUUUUUUAUUUUUAUGUAGAUAAAAAGACGUUUUAUAUGAUAUGAUGUAUGAUAAUUAAACUUUUGUAAUAAG